AUGAAUGAUUUAGCAAGACGUGUUAAUAGUAUUAUUGUUAAAAAUUUACCAACAAAUUAUGAUGAAAGUCAAUUGCAAGAACUUUUUUCAAAAUUUGGUCCUAUUACAUCAAGUAAAGUUUUACCGGCGAAUCCAAAUUUUGAUGGUGGCUGCGGUUUUGUUAAUUUUGCUGAUGCUGAUAGCUGUGCAAAAGCAGUUGAAAGUAUGAAUGGUUUUGCUAUUGAUCGAUUUACUUUACGUGUUAAUCAUUCAGAAACACGAAUGAAUAAUAAUAAGACUUUCGAUCGACCACAAAAUGGAUUUCGUACUAAUGGAGAAACGAAUGAUGAAAAUAAUGGUGCAUCAACACCUAAUGUUCAAAAUCGAUUUAGUGGUUUUCGAUCUUCUAGUACACGUUCAUCAACAAAUACAACUUCGAUUACAAAUGAAUCGGAAACAAAUAAUAAACCAUUAUGGAAUAGUACAAAUAUCGAGCAAAAAACUAAUAAAAGUUCAUUUGAAAAUGAACCAACAUUAAAUAUUCGUGAACAUGAUCCACUUGUCAUAAAUAAGACAUAUAUUGUUUAUUUGUCAAAUCUUGAAGUACCAAAUGUCAUAUUUGCAGCAACAUUAGAUGAUUAUGUUAAUGCAACUUUACUUAUAACACAAAUGAAUAAACAUGAACAACUUACAAACAUUCAAGCUAAUUCUUAUAAAUUAAACCGAUUGGCUGUUGGACAAUGGUGUGCUGCGCUAUUUAAUGGAGAUUGGUAUCGAGCUCGUAUAUUAGAAAUUGAUGAAAAUCGUGUUUAUGUUCAAUAUAUUGAUUGGGGUAAUACUGGAUGGUGUGAUUCAAUUCUUGAAAUUCGAUCAUUACCAAAUGAAUAUUAUAAAGAUCCAAUUUUGUGUGUAAAAUGUAUUUUGAAUGGAAUAUCUACUCAGGAAAAAAUAUCUGAUGAACAAACGAAUGCUAUUCUUGAAAUACUUGUUCUUGAUGUUAAACUUGAUAUGACUGUAAUACGUAUUGACAAAGAUAUUCCAUAUGUUCAACUCAAUUUAGGUGAAAGAGAUUUAAAUGCUGAAAUAGGUUCAAUAUUACCACAAUCAUCUCUAUCAUCAUCACCACCGCCAACAACAACUGUUUCACAAAAUUCAAAAAAUGAAAUAAUUAAUUUUGAUUCAAAUAAAUCAGAAAUGAAUGUAAAUGAAACGCAUUCUGUACAAUUAACAACAGUUGAUAAUGAAUCUGAAUGUUUUCAUGUUUUAUUAAUGAAUAAUCAUCUUCCAACAAUUAUGAAUGUACUUAAAGAUUGGAGUGCUGAUAAACAACCAUUAACUAAACAACCAAAAGUCGAUACACUUGUUUGUGCACAAUACGAUGGUGAUGAUCUUUGGUAUCGAGCAUGGAUUAAAAAUAUUACAGACACUGGUUUUCAUGUAUAUUUUGUUGAUUUUGGUAAUGAAGAAACUGUUUCAAUUAAUCAUUUAAAUGAAUGUCCAGAUAUGUUACGAAAUAUUCCAUGGCAAAGUGUACAAAUUAAAUUAGCUAAUAUAAAAUUAACUGAUGAUGAACGUUAUUUACUUUUAAAAGAAUUUGAAACUGAUCGGCUCGAUAUGAAAAUUACUUCAAAAGAUCAAGAUAUCUAUUCUAUUGAAUUAAGUAACAGUGGAAAAUCUCUUACUGAAUAUAUGAUUGAAUUACGUAAUAAAAAAGAACAACAACAAAUACAAAACACACCAGCAACUAAUGAAGUACCAAAAACAUUUAAUGAACAACCUGUACGUAAAGUCGUAACACCGUCACCACCACCAACGAUUGUUGAGAAUAUUUCACGAACAUCCAAUGAAACUGUACGUCCAAUUUCAUUACCAAUUCAAUCAAAACCAAUUGAACCUAAACGAUCUAUUGAAUUAAAUAAUCAUAUAAGUUUACCACAAAUACCACCAGCAACUAUUACUACUGUAAAACCUUCUGAUACUUUGAAUACUACGACUCAAUCAUUGUCUUCCGAUACACAAAAUAAUGAUAAUAAUUUAAAUGAUAAUUUAAUGAAUAUGAUUACUGAACAACGUCGACACAAUCGUUUACUUGAACAAGCUAUUGCAGCAAUUAAUACAACAAAUGCCCUACUUACACAACUUGUUCAACGUCCACUAGGUUAUCGAGCUCUUUCAUCGGCACAAAAAAAUGCAAAUAAAGAAACUAUUGUUAUCGGUCAUCGUAAUCCCGAUACAGAUGCUAUAACAGCAGCAAUAGUUUAUACAGAUUUACUUCGUCAAAUGAAUAUCAAUGCAAAAGCUUAUCGUCUUGGUAAUCUUAAUAAUGAAACAAAAUUUAUACUUAAACAAGUUGGAAUUAAAGAACCCGAUAUGUUACCUGAUAAUAUUCCCGAUGGAACACAAGUUGCUUUAGUUGAUCAUAAUGAAAGUCAACAAUCAAUGGAAAAUAUUCAUAAAAUGUGUAUUACUCAUGUUAUUGAUCAUCAUAAAUUAGGUGAUUUAACAACAUCUGAACCAGUUUAUUUACGUUUCGAACCUGUUGGAUGUACAGCAACAAUUUUAACAAAAAUAUAUCGUGAAAAUAAUUUAGACAUUAAUCAAAAAAUGGCUUUUUUACUAACUAGUGCUAUCCUCAGUGAUACACUUCAUCUUCGAUCACCAACAACGACCAAUGAUGAUCAAAAAAUAUUAGAAUAUCUUGUACCAAUUGCUAAAAUCGAUAAUAUAAAAUCAUAUGCAAAUCAAAUGUUUGAAGCGAAGAGUGAUUUAAAAGAAUUUUCUUCGAAACAAAUUCUUCUCCUUGAUUAUAAAACAUAUACAUUCAAUAAUGAAAAAUGGGGUAUUGGUACAGGUGAAACAUGUGAUAUGAAUAAAAUGCUUGAACGAAAAGAUGAUUUACUUAAAGAAAUGCAUAAAGAAAAGAAAAGAAGUAAUUUAAAAGGUAUUCUAUUUUCAAUUGUUGAUAUAAUUAAAGAAAAAAAUUUAACAUUAAUUCCUGGUGAAAUUGAAGAAAAUGUUGUACGACAAGCAUUUCAAGUUGAUAUUAACAAACAACAUGUAGCUGAUUUAGGAUCAAGAAUUAGUCGAAAAAAACAAAUUAUUCCAGCACUUGAAGCAUAUUUUCGUCAAAAAUCUUAA